AGAGGGUGAUGUCAGGUGGUUUGAGUGUACUUCUCUGGUUGAGAAUCGGGUGACUGGCACAGAGCGCUUAAAGGGCAACGAACGCUUAGCAUCCGGGCACCUGGGAGCAGUGACAUCAUCAAGGCACCCCUAAAUCUGUCACCAUGGCUGAAGCUGAUAUCGCCCUCAUCGGUCUGGCUGUUAUGGGCCAGAACCUGGUUUUGAACAUGAACGAUCACGGCUUCGUGGUCUGCGCGUAUAACCGGACCGUGUCGAAGGUGGAUCAAUUCCUGGCCAACGAAGCCAAAGGCACCAAAAUCAUCGGCGCCCGUUCCCUGGAGGAGAUGGUGUCCAAGCUGAAGAAGCCGCGUCGGAUCAUCAUGCUGGUGAAAGCCGGACAGGCCGUGGACGACUUCAUUAAAAGUCUCGUUCCUCUUCUGGAAGCUGGUGAUAUUAUAAUCGACGGAGGGAAUUCUGAGUACAGGGACAGUACAAGGCGGUGUAAAGAGUUAAAGGCCAAGGGGAUCUUGUUUGUUGGGAGCGGCGUUAGCGGAGGAGAGGAUGGAGCAAGAUACGGACCGUCUCUCAUGCCUGGAGGAGACCAAGCCGCCUGGCCCCACAUUAAAGACAUUUUCCAGAGCAUCGCUGCUAAGGUGGAAGAUGAGCCGUGCUGUGACUGGGUGGGAGAAGAAGGCGCCGGGCACUUCGUGAAAAUGGUACACAACGGGAUUGAGUACGGAGACAUGCAGCUGAUCUGUGAAGCCUACCACCUGAUGAAAGAUAUUUUAGGGAUGGAGCACGAUCAGAUGGCAAAGGCUUUUGAAGACUGGAACAAGACAGAGCUGGAUUCGUUCCUCAUCGAGAUCACCGCUGACAUCCUGAAGUUCCGGGACGCCGACGGCAAGCACCUGCUCCCCAAAAUCCAGGACACCGCAGGACAGAAGGGAACGGGAAAAUGGACGGCCAUCUCCGCCCUGGAAUUUGGCGUCCCGGUCACACUCAUCGGUGAAGCCGUGUUCGCACGCUGUCUGUCUUCCCUGAAGAAUGAAAGAAUAACGGCAAGCAAGGAGUUAAGCGGCCCCAAAAAGGCUCCUUUUACCGGCGACAAGAAGGCGUUCCUGGAAGACAUCCGCAAGGCUCUUUAUGCAUCCAAGAUCAUCUCCUACGCCCAAGGCUUCAUCCUCUUCCGGCAGGCAGCCCAGGAGUUUGGUUGGAAGCUCAAUUAUGGUGGCAUCGCCAUGAUGUGGAGAGGAGGCUGCAUCAUCCGCAGUGUUUUUUUGGGAAAAAUCAAAGAAGCUUUUGACAGGAAUCCAGAUCUGCAGAACCUGCUGCUGGAUGACUUCUUCAAGAAAGAGAUUGAAAACUGCCAGGAUUCCUGGCGCCGGGUGGUGAGCGUCGGGGUCCAGGCCGGCAUCCCCAUGCCUUGUUUCACCACCGCUCUGUCUUUCUACGACGGUUACAGACAUGAGAUGCUGCCAGCGAACCUAAUCCAGGCCCAAAGGGAUUAUUUCGGGGCGCACACCUACGAGCUUCUAUCAAAACCAGGACAGUUUAUUCACACCAACUGGACCGGGCACGGUGGGAACGUGUCCUCCUCCUCCUACAAUGUGUGAUUUCCCCCAAAUGCCCCCCCCGAGCCGCGGGGGUCUCCCCGUCUCUCCCCGCGGGGGUCUCCGUGCCGCGGCCGACCAGCGCUUUUCUGUGUAGUGAGAAAAUAAAUGUUCUUUUUAUAUCAGGA